AGGCGUGAACUACCAUACAUAUCAGACAAUAAAGUCGCAGACUCAUGAUGACCAUCAUUCCGUCAAUCAAAGAUGCAACAGAAUGGAUAUAAAGCCUCAUACUUCCGCAUAGUAUAAAACAAACAAUCAGAAUAACAUCAGCAUUUCAACGAAAAACUUUUUGUUGGCAAAAUAAACACAUCUCAUCUACCUGUACAGAGAGUGUAAUGGAGCCAUUUCUUAACAUUAAAUACAAAUUGGAGCGAUGCGACAACUUAGACGAACUGCUUGAUGAAAUGGAUGUGAAUGCUUUCAUCAGAAAAAUUGCAUCGUCUGUAUCCACAACCAUACAACUGGUUCGAAAAGGAGACGAAUAUACACUCAGCACGAAAAUGUUGCUGAUGACCACCACGCAGAAAUUUAAAAUGGGAGAAGAGAAAGACGUUACAACCACGGAUGGUCGUAAAGUUAAAAAUGUGUUCACUGUCGAUGGUAAUGUACUGACCGAAAAGCAAAUCGGCGAUCAAACGUUGACAAUAGUUCGUGAAUUUGCUGAAAAUGAAAUGAUAGCUACGUCCUACUAUGGAAAUGUGGUGUGCAAGGCCUAUUGUAAGCCGUUAAAGCAAUAGUAGUGGCAUUAUAAUACGACUAGUUCGUCUCUUUGCUGUUAGAUAAGUGGAGAUAAUUUUAAUGUUUUCGAUAGCGCUUAUCAAGAGUGUUUGAAUAAACGUAUGACUGCAGAA